AUGUUCUUCGGGCGGCCUUGCUCGCUGACCGCCAGUGCUCCCGCGCCACGCGGCCUGAAGGCGUUGUCGACAGGGAGGAGGGCCGUCGGCCUGGCGCGCCGAAUGCCGGUUAAGGCGCUGCGGUGGGCGCCGCUGCAUCAUGCCCCAAGGUUGGUGACGCACGAAUCGUCGCGAAGAAAUGUGCGGUUGGGCGCGGCGGACCCGAAAGGCAUUCCCGCCACGAGGCUGGCGCCGGCGCAAGCGAAAACGGCGCCUCCGGUGGCGGAUGCCGCCUACAAGUUCCUCACCCUCGGCGUUGUGCUAACCGCGGGCGCGUACGCAGCCCAUCCGAAGAUUUUGGAGCUUGUCACUGCGCUGAGGGAGCAGUUCAACCUGGGCGCAUUGACUGGCCAAGAUGCUUGGUUCUUGAGCUUCCUGUCCCUUGUAUUCUCUCUUCUGGCUGGUGCUACGUUCGAGUUCCAAUAUGGGAGGCAGCAAAUGAUCAUAUCAUCGCUAUAUGACGAGAUAUUUGCAUUGGAAGGCCUCUGGAACCGUGCUAAGGUGCAGUUGCCGGAAGCGCUUGAUGAGGUGGCAGCAAAUCUCAGGGAAUACAUUGAGGACGAAAUCUACAUGACAGACCGGAACGUGUCACCAUUCUACGAAGGCUCACCCCUCCUGGGGCUGUCCAUGCUGCUGGGCAAAUGCCAAAAGAAGGGGAAGGACGUUGAGGGGUUGUUGAACAUGGUAGAAACUUUGAGCGAUGCGCAAAACAAGAGGGCAGCAGCGAGUGUCAAAAUUCUCCCUCCAAUGCACUGGGUCAUCCUCUGGGCUCUUGUCUUCGCAUCCCUUGUGUCCACUCUCGUGUUCGAGCCCUCUGCCGCCGGCGACGUCAUGAACGGGCAGCGCACGGUGUUCGCCAUGCUGGCGGGCCUGGCGUCAUCCAUCGUCCUCAUCAUCCAAGACCUGACAAAGCCGGUGGAAGGCUCCUACUCGUUGCUGGGUUCCAUCAAGCAGAGGAUGGACUACCUGGCUCAAGAGCUGAGGUCCCACUAA